GGACUGGUGAGAGGAUUAUUUGUUGUUGCCCUGCUGAGGACUCAGAGAGAAGAAACACGGAGCCCGAGAACAGAUCACUGAGCUCACCUAGAUCAUUGAGAUCACUGAGCAGUAGAUCCAGAGCACAGGAUGGCACAGAAGGAGAAACUUCAGUGUCUGAAGGACUUCCAUAAGGACACCCUGAAACCGUCGCCGGGUAAGAGCCCGGGCACACGGCCCGAGGACGAGGCCGAGGGGAAACCACCUCAGAGGGAAAAGUGGGCCAGCAAACUGGACUUCCUGCUGUCGGUAGCGGGGGGUUUCGUGGGUUUGGGCAACGUGUGGCGUUUCCCGUAUCUCUGCUACAAAAACGGUGGAGGUGCGUUUCUCAUCCCCUACUUCAUCUUCCUGUUCGGUGGAGGACUCCCCGUCUUCUUCCUGGAGGUGGCGCUGGGUCAGUUCACCUCUGAAGGUGGGAUCACCUGCUGGGAAAAACUCUGCCCCAUCUUCACCGGAAUCGGCUACGCCUCCAUCGUGAUCGUGUCCCUGCUGAACAUCUACUACAUUGUGAUCCUGGCGUGGGGGCUGUACUACCUGCUGCAGUGUUUCCAGAGGGAGCUGCCGUGGGCGCGGUGCAGCCACAGCUGGAACACGCCCAACUGUGUGGAGGACACCGUACGCAAGAACAGAACCCUCUGGCUCUCGGCUAACGCCACCAACUUCACCUCACCCGUCACCGAGUUCUGGGAGCGUAACGUCCUGAGCCUCUCGUCUGGGAUCGACGAGGCGGGCGAGCUGAAGUGGGAUCUGGCUCUCUGUCUGCUGGCCGUCUGGGUCGUCUGCUUCUUCUGUAUCUGGAAAGGAGUGAAAACCACUGGCAAAGUGGUGUACUUUACUGCGACCUUUCCGUUCCUCAUGCUGAUCGUGUUGUUGGUACGUGGGCUCACUCUGCCCGGCGCCUAUGAGGGCAUCAAAUUCUACCUGUACCCCGACCUGAGCCGCCUCCGGGAUCCUGAGGUUUGGAUCGAUGCUGGGACUCAGAUCUUUUUCUCCUACGCUAUCUGUCUCGGUGCCAUGACGUCACUGGGGAGCUACAAUAAAUAUAAAUAUAACUGCUAUAGGGACUGCUUGCUGCUGGGAGGCCUGAACAGUGGGACCAGUUUUGUAUCUGGAUUUGCCAUUUUCUCCAUCCUGGGGUUCAUGGCACAGGAGCAGGGCGUGGCCAUCGCUGAUGUUGCUGAGUCAGGUCCUGGACUGGCCUUCAUUGCUUAUCCUAAAGCAGUCACUAUGAUGCCGCUGCCCACUUUCUGGGCGAUACUCUUCUUCAUCAUGCUUCUGCUGCUGGGUCUAGACAGUCAGUUUGUAGAAGUGGAGGGUCAGAUCACCUCGUUGGUGGACCUGUACCCGUCCCUCCUAAGGAAGGGAUACCGGAGAGAAAUCUUCAUCGCUGUCAUCUGUGUCAUCAGUUACCUGGUGGGACUCACCAUGGUCACCAAAGGGGGCAUGUAUGUGUUCCAGCUGUUUGAUUACUACGCAGCCAGCGGUGUGUGUCUUCUCUGGGUUGCAUUCUUUGAAUGUGUGGCAGUAGCCUGGGUUUAUGGCGCUGAUAAUUUUUACGAUGCUGUGGAGGAGAUGAUCGGUUACAGACCAAACUGUUGGAUGAAGUGGAGCUGGAUGCUGAUCACUCCUGUACUGUGUGUGGGUUGUUUUGUGUUCUCUCUGGUGAAGUAUAAGCCUCUCACCUAUAAUAAACUGUACGAGUACCCUGAUUGGUCGGUUGGACUGGGCUGGUGUCUGGCGCUGGCCUCCAUGAUCUGCAUCCCCAUGGUGGUGGUCGUCAAAAUCAUCCAAUCGGACGGUUCGCUGAUCGAGCGUAUCAAAGCCGUGGCAGCUCCAGUGAAGGGUGCGAGUUCUCGUCCUAAAGAUUUCGGGGUGAAGAACAGCGAGCUCCUGCACCCGCUCGACCCCAACGGUACCUACAGCAGACCCCCCCUCAGCGUGGUGGAGAGCACCAUGUGAGACUCUCUGUGAGAGAGAGACAGGCGCUGACAUCACUUCCUGUUUUACUGAGCACAAUCCUUUCAUCUGUCUGUUAUUAUUAUUGUGAUAUUAGUGUCGUUAGCACUGUUAGCAUUAGUGUUAUCGUUUAUACUGGCACACACACACACACACGAUGGUGGACGACGACGUGCCUCGUUUUUUUAAACUAAUAAACUGAUUAUUUUAUUAAUUCUUGAACUAUUUACAGUAAUAAUCAGCGUCUCAGUGACUGAUGUCGUACCGUGAGCUUCACUCUGUGUUUAGUGUUAAAGAUGAUGAAUGUACGUCACACACACACACACACACACACACACACACACACACACACACACACACACACACACUUAUUUCGAGGGGAGUUUUUUUAAUCAGUCGCCCCUUUUUAAAUUCUCGUUGCACUUUAGUGAUCACUGCCGGACAAUCUGUCCACACACACACACACAUAUACACACACACACACACACACACAUACACACACACAAACACACACACACACACAAACACACACACACCUGGAAACACACACACACACAGACCUGAAAAAACACACACAUACACACACACCAGAAAACCCACACACAUACACACACACACACACAUGAAAACACACACACACACACACACACACACACACGCACACACACGUAUAUAAAACGAUGGCCAGGUUUAUUAUAAUGAACAGACAUGAGAAUUUACUCGUGUAUUUGUUUCCCCUGAUUUUCCUUCCAAUUUAGUCAUACCCAGUUCCCCGGUGGUAUUUCCCCUCUACUGCUGCAGACCUCCACUCCUGACUGAGGAGGAUCCUAAUAUGCUUUUAUCCGAAGCAGUGAAUACAAUUUAAGCAAUUAUGGGUUAAGGGCCUUGCUCAAGGGCCCAACAGUGGCAUGAACCAGCGACCUUUGGAUUACAGUUCAUUACCUUAACCACUAGGCUACAACUGCCCUAAUCAAUAUCAGUCUGAAGACUUUAAUCCUUCACUAAAGCCCCAAAGAACCCAAAUCCGCCCUCCCCUCCCGCCCCUCCACCACGGUCCCCUCCCCGAGUCCGGUCUGAAACAGAACCCUCGUCCUCGAACAUGUUUGCCUUUUAAUCCCGCGGGUGAUUAGCGGUGCAGGAUGUGACGCGUCGCUGAUUUAAUUCUGUUUAUUAUUUUGUGUUUAAAGUUCAGCUGGGUGUUGGUUCACAUCAGCUCGAACCUGCCGUGUGCAAUAUUUAUAAUCACGUGUUUUUGUCUUUUCUAUUUUUAUUAUUUUAGCUUCAACGUGUAAAAAUAUAAGAAACACUGAAGAUCAAAAAUGAAAAACGUGGAACCAAAGUAGAUUUUGUUAUGAGUUUAAGAUGCAUAUUGCAUCAAUUACAUUCGAAAUAAAAGUUUUUCUCUCUCA